AUGACUUUGAUUGCUCCCGCUGUAGCUCCAUUCGAAUGGACAGUUGACACUGUAAGAGAAUUAAUUCGACUUCGACGCGAUAAUCAUGAAGAUUUUGAGUUCGUUUCUAAUAAUCGUCAUGAAAGAAUAUGGAGAACCAUAUCCAACCAAUUGUUUCUUAAUAGAGGGUUCGCCGCUUCUCCCUUUCAAUGUCAUAAGAAAUGGUACUCAUUAAAAUAUGAGUACAAAAAUUUCAAGAG